AUGCCUCCGGUUAAUUCUAAAGUGAAAAAGAAUGGGACAGAGUACGAGAAUAUCAUUGCAAGCAAAUGCACAGCACUGGAUUUUGAACAAUACAUUCAAGAUAAUAAGACCUUAUUGAUGAAUGAUCCUCUCAGGGACAUAUUAUUGUACCCCAGUGAUGAUGUUUCUAGUGUUGUGCUGCCUCGUCGUUGGAGAACUGUUACAACCGCUGUUCCGGAUGUAAGAACCGCGGCGUCCUGCCCUCUGUUAACUAGGCAGGCUCUGCUGAGUUAUGCAUCCAGUUGGAACCUCAUACAUUAUAAAUUCAGUAACUACUCCGGCACCUAUCUCAACCUGCCCAGGCCUUUAGAAAUCAAAUUUCCGGAGGAGGUUUACGAUAUCGAUGCAGAAACAGAGAGCGAUAAUGAAUCACAGGCGACGAAGUUGGACCUCGGUACCAAAGAGGGGCAUUUGCUCAAAGGACCCGAAAUCGGCUCAGAUAGAAUAUUCAGCAAUCUUGCUUCAAAAUCGUUUAAGAAACGUUAUUGCUCAAUGGUUAGAGAGGCCGAUGGCACUUACAUACUCGAAGUAUACAAAGACGAAAAGAAAACGGAUACGAAGCUCACUAUCGUCAUGGACUUUUGUUCAGACGUUGUUAAGAAUCCAAAGCGAGGAAGGUUCUGUUUUGAAUUACGAAUGGCGGGUGGCAAAGGAUACACUUUCUCGGCAGACAAUGAAGAGGAAAUGAAUGAUUGGAUUACUGCAUUUAACGCUGCCUUAAAAAAGAACCAAGACCAAGAAUCUCACCCAAACGAUGAAGUAUUAGACAAAGAUGCAGAUGUGUCGCUAACAGCUGAACCACCACCCCCAACAUAUGGCACUCUGAAGGGCCUGGAGCACAGCAUGAAUCCAUUACUGAUGAGGUAUUCCCGUGAAACAGACAUGUCGAUAGCGAUUUCUCGCAACGAGUGCCGGUACAACAUAUUCACUAUGCCAUACAAACGAGCACCUUCGCCCGAACCUCAGCUGGAACCAUUCAAAGAACACUUUGGCCAAAGAAUUAUGCUCAAAUGCGAAAGCUUAAAGUUUAGGUUACAAGCUCCUAUAGACGGCGACAAGGAAUUGUUGUGUCAAGUGGAACCUUAUUAUACGUAUCUCGCCCUGUACGAUGCAAGGAGUGGUCGGAAGCUCACGGAGAAUUUCCAUUUCGACCUCAAUCACGAAGCUGUCAGAGAUCUAGUCAAAGACACCGAGUGCACAAAGUCAUUAGUAGAAAAUUUUAGUUACGAUGUUAAGUUAGAUGUUAACCUAAUACCAGAGGAGUGGUUUAGGUCCAAAAGACAGGUUGUGCUGUCGAUAAACAAUCCACACCCUGACUUAUUUAUAGUUGUGAAAAUUGACAAAAUACUUCAAGGCCGAGUCAGUCAAGUUUUGGAGCCAUAUCUCAAGGCGACGAAAGAUCCUAGACUUGGACUCAAAGUCCAUAAAACAGUGCAGGCUUAUGCUAAUAGAGUAGGAGCUUACAGGAUGCCUUUUGCGUGGGCUGCAAAACCUUUGUACAAAAUGUACAGCAAUGACUUGGACCUCACUCCAGAAUUUCCAGUUAUUUACCGUCAAGAGCCUAACAAAGUAUCAGAUGACGAUCUCCUGAAGAUAUUGUCUGACUAUCGCAAAUCGGAGAAAAUGUCCAAACUCACUGUGAUACCAGGGUGGCUCAGUAUUAACAUACAUCAGACCAAUGAACAAAUUACAAAUUGUAUGAGUAACGCAUUUGCCGCCUUAAAACCUUUCCCACUGCCGCCAACAAAUCCACUCACAUUAGAACUUGCAACAUUGAAUGUUGAACCCGAACAACCGUAUGCAGCCUUCAUACAUCACUUGUAUGUCCGACCAUUAGCUUUGAACUUUGAGUCACAGAAAAUAUUCGCCAGAGCGAGAAAUAUUGCUUGUACUAUCGAGUUGAGGAAUAAUGAUACUGGUGAUAAUAAACCUCUACAGGUGGUAUACGGACGUUUCGGCAUGACAACACAAUAUCGAUGUUCUGUGCUACACCACAACGCAAAUCCGACUUGGUGUGACGAAGCGAAGAUACGAUUACCAGCUACUAUUACACCACAACAUCAUCUUUUAUUCACAUUCUACCACAUAUCCUGUGAUCUCGCCAAGAAAAAUGAUGCGAAUGUUGAAACUUGUAUUGGAUAUACGUGGGUGCCUUUGGUAAAGGGCGACAAAUUAGUGGACGAGAUGGUAAAUUUACCGAUAGCGACACACUUGCCGUCAGGAUACUUAUCCAUUCAACCACUUGGACUUGGCAAAGGGAACUCAGGCCCAGAAGUGACAUGGGUGGAAGGCGAAAAACAGCUAUUCAGAUGUCAACUUAUUCUUGAUUCAACGGUUGCCACACGAGACAUACAUUUACACAACUUGUUCACACAAGUUGAAAGACUGAUCAAGUCGAGCUCUCCCCCUACCUCUCCAUCCCCACCACCCUGGAAUGAUGUAUGCAAUGCUCUGAAAGCCGCACAUGCAGUAAAACUUAGCACGCUGGUGGCUUUUUUACCAACUAUACUGAAUCAACUCUUUGAGCUAAUGACUGUAGAGAAAAGCUACACCCACGAAAUGGGUUACCAAAUAGUUAAACUAAUUGUCCACUACGUUCAUAUGAUACAUGACUACGGUAGAAAGGAUCUAUUGGACAGCUACGUAAAGUAUGUGUUCAAUUGCGUACAGUUCAAAUUGCACACAGUGUUGACAGCUCCCCUGUAUAUGUUCUUGGACCCUAACCAGCCGGACUUCUUACUGGGAAAUAAAUUCAUGCAGUAUUCUGGGUUCUUCUUCGAUAUUAUCGUGAAGAGUAUGGCGCAGUAUUUAAUUAAUACUGGCAGAAUUAAAAUGUCACGACAUGAAAGAUUUCAUAGCGAUCUUCUAAAUAAUAUUGACCAGUUGAUAACUACAGUAGAACCGUCUUAUAUAUUGCAGCAGCCGAUGCAAACUCAUAUAUUCAAUAAAAAUCUGGCAACGUUUCUUAAGUCUUGCCUAUCGUUUAUGGACCGAGGUUUCGUGUUUAGACAAAUAAACAAAUAUUUGUCAAAAUUCAAAGCUUGUGAUCCAAAGGCGCUGUUCGAUUUCAAGUUCACGUUCCUUCAAACAAUAUGUUCUCAUGAACACUUUGUACCAUUCAAUUUGCCUCUGCAAGCAAACAAAAUAUCUAAGGAUGGCGAUGAAGAUCCUUCGAAAUUGAAGCUUACUGAAGAUUUUAUCAUGAGACAUUUUCUUGCCGGGACACUGCUCAAACAGGUCGAGCAAUCACUACGCGAAGCACCGUUAAAAAGGCGAAUGGCUCUGAGCGUGUUGCGCGCUUUACUGACAAAACACGAACACGAUGACCGCUAUCGAAGCCGACAAUGCCGCGCUAGACUUGCAUAUUUAUACUCACCGUGGCUCACAAUCGUUUUGGAUAAUGCACACCGACUCAUCACUAAAACUCUGGCCAGUCCACUUGCCGAAAACGGUCACGAUAAAGUAGAUGGAGACGCCACAAUAAACCCGGUAUUUAACAGUACACAGAAAGAAGCAGCCUCCGCUAAUAGCACUCCGAAAAGAAAUAGAUUGACCUUGCAUUUUGAGCACACGCCCAUUAGAAAUUCGACUCAUUUCAAGGAACCUCCAAAUAUGCCGAGUAAUUAUAGUAUGUAUGGUAAAGAACACGCAAGUAACAUGUCACAAAGCUCUCUUGAAUCCGUAUCAACGAUGUCUGGCGGCGACUCGCUUCCAAGAAAUGCAGGUCGUCUGGACUUAAGCGAGAUAGGCGAUCAAGUUAAUAGGUUUGGAGUGAUGUCUGCUGAAGAGGUGCGAGAUGUGCUUUUAUGUUUCCUGUUUGUUUUGAAGUAUUUAGAUGAUGAAAGACUCGUUGAUUGGUGGAAAUCCAUGUCAAUAGCGCAUCAGCAAUCGUUCUUCAAUGUUUUGGAAAUAUGUGCAGAACAGUUUCAAUACAUUGGCAGAAAGAAAAUCUUAUCAGAAAUGAAGGUUACAACGCCAGACUGCAAUGGAAAACCGAAACCGCUUAAAGCUCGCACUUUGCCGGCCAGAAUGAGCCCUCCAGACUUUUCAAAGGAACCGCCAAUUGUCGUUGAGAAUAAAAACAACACUGUCAAUAGAGAAAACCUAAUUAAUACGUCUGUCACCACCGAACUGGAAACAAUCGCAGAACACACGGUACUAUCGGCUAGCUGCCUCGCGACCGAAGUUGGCCUCGCCAUUAUAGACCGUACCUGCUUGUUUCUGAAAAAUUUGGGCGCUGCCGACGGAAAUGCUGCAAAGCCAUAUCUUAAGCUUUUGCAAUACCCACAAAGUGAAACACUAUACAAGCAUUUGUUUGCAGCCUUGAGAGCAUACAUAAAUCAAUUUUCAGAGACUCUGUUUGAAGGUGGCAGCACGGUGUGCGCGGGCGUGGUGGGCGCCGUAGUUCGUCUGUGCGAAGCGCGCGCCGCUUGGCUUCGUCGUGAAGCUGCUGCAGCGCUUUAUCUACUGAUGCGAGCUAAUUUCCAACAUGGCACAGGCGGUAAUCUUACUAGAGUCCACCUACAGGUCAUUAUGGCUGUAUCGAAACUCCUUGACAACUCCACCGCUCUGAACUGCAAGCGUUUCCAGGAGUCUUUGUCAGUGAUCAAUUGUUUUGCGACUGGCGACAAGGCCAUGAAAGGAACUGGUUUAUCCAGUGAAGUGGCCGAGUUGAUGCGUCGCGUACGAACUGUAGUGGGUGCACGAGCUCGACUAGCUGGUGUUGGUGGAGUCGGUGUAUCAGGUGCAGGUAGCGUAUACCUAGCAGAAUUGCAGCACGCAUUAGCUGCAUCAUGUCGCGCUACUCCGCGGUUGAGGCACGCGUGGCUCACGACUCUCGCUGAACACAACGCAAGACAAGGCGAUUAUGAUGAGGCUAUGUGCUGUCAACUGCACAUCGCGGCACUUAUAGCAGAAUACCUCAAACUACGAGGAACACAAACAUGGGGCGCUGACGAAUUCGCUGAUAUAUCGUUAAAUAUACCGCGAGCUGAGACUGGCAUGAAAAUUGAUGAGGGUAAGUUAAACACGAAUUGCAUGACUAUAAUAAUAUAA